CCCUUGGUUGGCCUUUCCGCGCCGCAGUUGUUGGUUAAGGCGGGGAUGGCGGCGCCGCUCCUCUUCUACGACCUCAGCCUCCUCCCGUCCUCCACCUCCGGUGACGGAGGCGAUGGCAACUCCAUCUCCUCUCCCUCCUCCCGCUUCCAACUCUUAGCCUCCACGGCGCGCGCUCUCGAGCUCGGCUACGCCGCCGUCGCUCUCGACCACCCCCACCGCGGCCUCCUCGCCGACUCCCACCGCUGCCGCACCGAGCCUUUCGCGCCCCUCUCUUCUCUCCCGCUCCCAUCCUUCGCCGCUCUCCAUCGCCGCCGCCUCGCCUCCUCCGCCGCCGAGCCCUUCCGCCAGUACACCCGUAUCACACUCUCCCUCGAUUCCGCUGCAGCCACCGCUUCCGCGCUCGCCCCCUCCGCCUCCGGCCUCCUCCGUACAUACGACCUCGUCGCAGCCCGCCCCCUCACCCAGGCCGCAUUCGAUCACCUCUGUCAGGCACCCCUCUCAGCUCAACACCUUGAUCUCAUCUCCAUCGAUUUCUCCUCCCACGGUAAGCUGCCAUUCUGCAUCAAGCUCCCCAUGCUCAAGCUUGCCCUGCAAAAGGGGCUGCAUUUCGAGAUCACCUACUCCCCACUCAUUUCUACUGACGUCAAUGCCAAGAGGAGCCUCAUAGCUGAAGUCAAGCUUUUGGUGGACUGGACCAAAGGAAAAAAUCUCAUCAUCUCAAGCGCUGCUCAUACUGCCUCCCAGAUCAGAGGCCCCUACGAUGUCAUCAACCUAUGUGCUUAUUUACUUGGCAUUCCCAUUGACCGAGCAAAAGCUGCUAUGUCCACAAACUGCAGGUCACUUGUUUUGAAGGCUAUGAGGAAGAAACACUUCUACAAAGGAACAAUUAGAGUUGACAGACUAUUACCAAAUGAAGAGUUGACUUCAACAAAAUUCAAGCUUGCUGAUUGGAUUGGUUGGAAUUCUGUAUUGUCUGAAGUAGGAGCAAAUCAGCUGGAACCUUCUUCCAACUUUGAUGAACUUCCUGGUUCACCCAUAUGUGGUGUAAUAGAAGGGUCACACGAAAAACCUCACAAUCCUGAUGUGUCUGUCUUUGCUAAACUAUCAGAACAACCUAGUGAUCAAGAUCAAAUCCCAUCUGAAACUCAAGAAGAGACACUACAAGUUGACAGAACUGAAGUCCUGACAGAUUCUGGCCAAUCUAUCUUGCCAGCAUCUGCAUCUUUCAAUUAUCAGAAUGCUAUAAUUGAGAAGGCCGAAAACAAUGAAGUUUUUGUGAAUCCUUUUGUGCAGCCUGAUAAAGGUUGUUUUGCUGGCCCAAAAAUUAAUGCUAAGCAUGUUGAAUUCGUGCAGAAUGCAAUGGAAAUAGAUACAAUAGAAUCAUGUAGGCCAAAACUUGUUGUUGGUGACAAUAUUCCUUCAACCUCUGAUACUAGUACGAAGCUAGCAUGUUCUGCUCUUCCCCAUGGCAUAGAGCUUUCUGGUACUAGUCUUGAGGAUCAGGGGCCAAGUCACUCUAGUGAAAUGGUAACUAAUGAUAAGUCUUAUAUGAAAUAUCACACUGAUUGCACCUCUGGUGUGAGUGAGGUUCAUGAAAUUUCUUCUGGUGCUGAUGUUUGGCCUGAGGACAAGGAUUCAGACAUGUCUAAUGGAAUGCAAGCUGAUAAUGUGGCUUGCGGAGGUACUUUAGAACCACUGGAGUGUCCCUCGUGUGGGGUAGAUGACAAGGCAUCAUCCGAUCUUUCAUUUUACCCAAGUCAUGAAUUAUGCUGGGAUGUUAUAAUUCAGCCGAAAGUCAUGGAGGGGAAAGUAGAGCAAAGUAGGGAUGAAAACAUAAUACAAACUGUGGAAAAUGAAGCAGAAUCCGUUGACACAAAAACAAGAACAUCUAUUUCAGUGGAACCUGCAUCCCAUGGUCAGGAGAUCAGCUCAACUAUUCAUAGAAGAAGCACUGGUGCAAGCUGUGAAAGUGAUGAGCUGAAAGAACAGAAUUCUAAGGACAUAAAUGCUUCUUUGGAUAAAAGUAUUGCUAAAACACAUGAGCUACUUCUAAAAUUUCCUUAUCCAAGUGGUAAGGCUGGGAUGUCCACAGUCAGAUCAGAAAAACGAAGACAUAAACUAAGGCCGCACCAUCCAGCUUAUCUUCCUUUCUUGGGCUUUCUUCGGUCCGUUUGUUUCAAGAAGAAAAUAUGCAAAGUAAGAGGACUGAUCAAACGUUUAUGAGGUUUUAUUUCACUCUGACAGGAGUUUGCUGUCAAUUACCACCCCUGAAUCAUUAUGUUACAAGGGAAGAUCAAGAAAUCUCGUUUUAAGGUUUUGAUCUGAAAUGCAAAUCCGUUUACCAAUCAGUUGCGUUGUACAUAUGGUCAUAUGGAAAACAGAGCCAUACCUGAAAGGUGGAAAAUUUUCUGUUUUUGAUUCGCCCAUAUGUAACCUAGGUCUAACUUUCUCCAGUGCCACUACAAAUCUCAACUUUCAUGUUUUGUACAAUGUAUAGUAAAACUCUCCUUUUGGUUCCUACUUUCAUGUUUGGUGAGUUUGAUCAAAUUAACUUUGGAUAAAUUAAGAUACAUACCGAUCUGACCAAGGACUAAUGGGACUGGCAGUUUCACCUGGCUCACUACCUUUAAUACACAAGCUCAUGAAAUCUGGUGAAUAUUGCAGUAGAUAUGUUUUAAGUUUGAUCAUUGACUGAUAGUACCAUGGUUCUGGAAAUAAAUAGAAAUAUAGAUUAGGGAAAACUAGUGUUGGUUUUACUGUUUCGCAAAUGUGCAAAGUUGCAGUAACAAUAUGAUUUAUCUUUUUCACUUAGCAGGCUUAGUAAUUCUGCAUUAAUUUUAUUCUUAUUAGGUAGUUACAUUUUUACCAAGUAUUAUUGACUUUAUUGUAAAUGGAACAAAAACAUUUGGCUGCAUGUUUGCUCAUGAAGUGUUCUGUCAUGCUAACACUGAACACUGAAAUUAGGAGGAUAAACUAUUAACUCAAUCCUUUGAUCAGCCUGCCAUGGGUCUAUCUGACACUUAAAUCUUCACUGCCUGUGAAACAUGAUUUCAUAUUGUUGAAAUAAAUAUUGUUGGCAUUUGUUGCUAGAUCCUUAUUACAGGAUGCUCUACACUAACAAAUGUGUAUAAUCAUCAAUGUGGUGUAUGCAUAUGUAACUAAAAAAAACAUUUGAAAGUGUUUGCAUGUCUAGCCUUGAAACACCUUACAUAUAGCACCUCAAUUGGAGCAGCUUCUUCCUUAACUGAAAAAUAAACCUGCACGUGACCACCAUGUAUGGCCAUUAUGUUAUUCUUAGGCUUUGUAGGCUCUCUGAAGUAGCAUUAUGUUAUUCCUACUCAUCCUGAUAUCCUCUAUACCUAACAAUACUGAGCCAGUAAAAAUGUUAUGUUUUGUAGUGAUUGCCUUGAAAUAAUAUGAAGCAAUGGUUACUAAAACUGGAUUCAUCAUAUAUUCUUUUUAUACAAAAUGUAAUGUCCUUUUAGUACCUGGCAUGGUGGAGCCUGCAGAAUUAUAAAUUUUUGUAAACAGACAUUGUAGCAUAUGGUGCGCCCAUGUUGCCAUAGUAUAGCAAAUCAACUACAAGAUGAGCUAUGCUGUUCUCAAAUGCCUCUGGAAAGAUUGAGUUGGAUGUGCAUAUUUCUUGUUUUCUUUCAUUUCUACUUAGUAUUCUAUGGAUGUAGUUUAGGGAUUAAACAUGAACUA